GCUUGACCAUUUUUCGUUUUCGUGGACAUAAACAUGGACGUGAGUCAGAAAGCCGCUCCUGCAGUCUUGUUUUUGCAUCAAUAAAUGUAACACCAGCCUGGACGACUUGAAGGAAAACUCAACGUAGGAUAAAUUACUGAAAUAAAACAAAUUCUGCGCUUUUGAAAAAGAGAGGUGAAGUCCUCGUUUACCUGCUGCAGGGGAGCUCCUUUUGUCUCGAACAGCUGUGUUGUUUUCACCGCGUCAACAUGGACAUGUACGGAUACAGCGGGCUCUUCUUGGUGAAGAGAUUCACGGACAGUGGAGACUUAGAGGUGACAAACAUGUCUGACAUUAACAAGGCGAAUCCCCACGGCUGCGAUAACGGAGCUUUGACGGACAGGUUCGGCGUCCUGAUCCAGGGACUCCUGGCGAUCGUGGCCUUCAGCACGCUGAUGUUGAAGAGGUUCCGGGAGCCUGUGGGGAUCAGACGACCGUGGAGGAUCUGGUUUUUUGACACGUCUAAGCAGGCCAUCGGCGCUCUUUUCAUCCACUUUGCCAACGUCUUCCUGUCCACGCUCACAGAAGAGGACCCAUGCUCCCUAUAUCUUAUGAACUUUCUGCUGGACGCCACGUUGGGGAUGCUGGUCAUCUGGCUCGCUGUGAAGUUGACGUCCAAACUGGUGGAGUACAAGUGUUGGACUCUGCUCAUGUUCGGAGAAUAUGGUGACCCUCCUCAGGCGGCGGCGUGGCUCGGUCAGUGUGGGAUCUACCUGCUCAUCAUGGUGCUGGAGAAAGGCGUGAUCAGCCUGGUGCUGCUCGUCCCCGGGUGGUCCAAACUGCAGGAGGUGCUGCUAAGCUACAUCGCUAACCCUCAGGUGGAGCUGCUGCUGGUCAUGCUCAUCGUGCCGUUCAUCGUCAACUCCAUCAUGUUCUGGGUCGUGGACAGCCUGAUGAUGAGGAAGUUCAAGACGAUGAAGAGCCUGGACGACUCGUUCGACGACUCGGUGAAGAAGGCCGACUCGCUGAACGGCGAGGAGUCUCGGGUCCUUCUGACCAUCGACACGGACACAGACGAGGCUUCAGAGGGUGAAGAAGACUCCGAUGAUGUGGGACCCCUCCCUCAUGUUCAGUACUCUGGAGGACCACUGAGACCCAGCUGGGUGGUGGUGUAAAAAAAAAAAAAAAAAACCCAGGUGAUGUGACCUCCUACCCGUCCAUCCUCCAUCCACACACUAAACCCCCCUGAGAGCAAAAAAAAAAACAACCACAAACAUGAUGCAUCCUGAAGGUCUUAAUAUCUGCUUCCUUGUAAAGCAAAAGGCACAAACUGAAGAUCAUUGAACCUGUGAAUGUGAACUCUACAGCCUCAGCUGGCCUUCCUCUGCGCUGACGGUACGACCGGAGCUUCAGUCUGUGUUUGCAUGUUAAAUCAAACGACCUCUUUAUCCGCUCACCUUGCUGCCUCCGUUUACUGCAAGAGAACAUCAGAGGGAAAAACCACAACUGAGCAUGUGCAGAAAGACGUGUAAAGGAGCACAGCACCCUGAGGGAGGGGGGAGGGGGGGCUUUUUAGUCUUAAGAGAUCAUGUAUCAUAUUCCAAAGUGGAGCAAACGUGUCAUUUAUAUAAACAGGUGCUCAAAGAUUUUACUAUCAACACUUUAAAUCCACUUUUUGUAAUUACAGUCAUUCCGACUCGUUCGCCCUUUGGCGGCUUAUUUUAAGUUACAAAGGUGGUUAAUGGAUUUUUAUUAAAGGCCACUGUAUGUUUGUUUUUUUUGUUCUUGGCUGCUGCAGCCAUGACGGACCAAAAACGUUGGAAAUAUUGCCUCUGAGGAAAGUUUGAGUUCCUGUCUUCAGAAAAUAAAUCAUGCGUAGGCGGGACAUUUAAAAAAAAAAAAAAAGUUUUUGGUUUAGAGGAGCAGGAGACACUAUGACGUGUUUGUCGUGUAUGAUGGAAUAUUGGAGACGCUUUUGGAGGGGAAACGUUGACAUUUUAAGACUAAUGUUUGGGAUGAAAGUUUGAAAUCAUAACGAGGAAAGAUAGAAAAGGUUGAAGUCAGAGUUCAUGAUACUCCAGGGAAAACUAUCCUGAGCGUUUUAAGAAUAGCCAACAUUUUUACUCAUCCCCCCAAGUUAAUUAAGAAUAUAUUUUCAGCUCAUGUCUUAAUAUGAAUCGAUAGCCAGAAGGUGAUUAGCAUAGCUUAGCAUAAAGACUGUAAACGGGGGGAAACGGCUAGCCUGGCUUCGUUCAACAGCUGCAGUAUCUACCUGUUAGCUUGUUUGUAGCUCACUUCCUAGCACAUUAUAUCUCGCUUGUUAAACCUGCAUAAAUGUGAAGAGUGAAAAGGACAAAUUGGGGUUAAACGGGGAGUUACACGGGUCCUUAUAUACGCUGUGAGCAGUGACUUUAUGAACAUCCUGCCUUUGUACAGAGGCAGCAGGCUGUUUGCGGAAAGGCAAGCUACCGGCUAUGUCAAAGUAGUUCCAAUCUUGAGCGCAUACAUGAGCGUGUUUUAACAUUUAAAACGACAAGCUCUUGCUCCUUUCAUAACAUAAUGACUUUAUUCUCAAAGUGUUGUUUUCCCUUUGAGAACGGUCCAGAUAUUCCAUCCUAGCUCUUCUUCUUUCAGUGGAAGGAUGCAUUAGCUGUGUAGCGAUACGGCACAUUUCUUUUAUUUAUUACUCAGAUAUUUUAUCAGUACUUGACUUUUUAUAUCGCGCUCCAGUGCGUGGUGACAACAUUGGAAUUGAAUGUUUUUUGGCGAGUUAAAAAAAUGGAAGAAUUUUUUAAUUCGUCGACUUGAAGGCAGAGGUGAAGAACCAAUCAAGAACCAGCUUUUUAUUCCGCCCGAGUUCAAAUGUAUGUUGUAUGUUUAUCAUCACAAUACGUCCAUGUACCUGAUAACACUGACAGUUUAAAGGUUUGACAUAUUUCAUGUGAUGUUUUGUAUUCUGAUGUAUCUUUUUUUUUUAUUAUAAAAUCGUGUGUGUCAAACCGCCGCGGUGCUUCUCUUUAAUCUGAAUAAAGAUGAUUGACACAUGAA